AUGUUGAGCCGAUUUGCUCCGAAGAACGUCUUGCUGACCCGGAGUGUGGCGACUGCAGCGACGCAGGAGCAGCAGAAGAUCAAAGUGCAGAAUCCGGUUGUGGAUUUGGACGGAGACGAAAUGACAAGGAUCAUCUGGAAGGAAAUCAAGAACAAGGUUGUGAACUAGUCCCAGUUAUUGAGAACCGAAACAGUUUGCAGCUGAUUCUUCCGUAUUUGGAUCUUGAUAUCAAGUAUUACGACCUUGGACUCGAGUACCGAGAUGAAACAAAUGACCAGGUGAAUCAGAAAUACUAAAACCUUGUGAACAUAUCCGAUUGAGGUGACCAUCGAUGCGGCCCACGCGAUUCUCAAGUACAACGUCGGCAUCAAGUGCGCCACGAUCACUCCAGAUGAAGCUCGUGUGAAGGAGUUCAAACUCAAAAAGAUGUGGCUCUCACCAAACGGAACAAUUAGAAACAUUCUUGGAGGUACGUCUAAACUACAAACUAAAAAACUGAAAAAAAAACUAUUGCAGGAACAGUGUUCCGGGAGCCAAUUCUCUGCAAAAACAUUCCAAGACUUGUCCCCGGAUGGACGAAACCAAUUACGAUUGGACGUCACGCAUUCGGAGAUCAGUACAAAUGCACCGAUUUAGUGAUUCCAAGUGGAUCGACUCUCCAAUUGGUUGUGAACAAGUCAGAUGGUACCAAAGACGUGCACACUGUGUACGACUUCAAAAAUUCGGCUGGAGUAGGAUUGGCUAUGUACAACACGGAUGAGGUGAGCCUGGAGCAGUCACGAAUUUUUAUGAAACAGUCAGUUUUCAGAGUAUUAAAGGAUUCGCACAUUCGUGCUUCCAAUAUGCACUGAUGAAGAAAUGGCCAUUGUACCUCUCCACGAAGAACACAAUUUUAAAGAAGUAUGAUGGACGGUUCAAGGAUAUUUUCCAAGCAAUCUAUGAAAAGUGAGCACUUAGAUGAGUUUUUCAAACCAUUUUGAAAUUAUUUCAGUAAAUAUGAGGCUGAUUUCAAAAGCAAUGGAAUUUGGUACGAGCACAGAUUGAUCGACGAUCAGGUGGCUCAAGCCUUGAAAAGCUCCGGAGGAUUUGUGUGGGCUUGCAAGAACUACGAUGGUGAUGUUCAGAGUGAUAUCGUGGCUCAAGGUAUGCUUUUUUCUAUAUUUUGGAAUCAUGAACGAAAUUUUGCAGGGUACGGAUCUCUUGGCCUCAUGUCGUCAGUUCUGAUGUGUCCCGAUGGAAGCACAAUUGAAGCCGAAGCUGCUCACGGAACAGUCACUCGUCAUUACCGUGAACACCAGAAGGUACUACUCACGGUAAUGCCGACUCUCUGAUUCUUAAGUUUUCAGGGAAAUUCAACUUCAACCAAUCCAAUAGCAUCAAUUUUUGCCUGGACCAGAGGACUUCACCACAGAGGAGUGCUCGAUAACAACGAAGAUCUCAAAAAGUAUGCGUCGAAAGAAUUGUCGAUCAUCUCAUAUGUCUUUAUCAGAUUCUCCCUGACACUGGAAAAGGUAUGCAUCGACGCAGUUGAAGAGGGAAAAAUGACGAAAGACCUUUCAAUCUGCAUUCACGGAUCGAAAAAGGGAACUGAGAAGGGAAUGUUCCUCAUCACCGAAGACUUCCUGGCCGCCAUUGACAAGAAAAUGGCCCAACUGAUGAAAAUGCAUUGA